GUUUGAUCCACCGCACGUGCUCUCCUCGGGUGCCCCGAGCUGCACCGCAUUCUGAACCGCGAGCGACAGAACAAGUAUGGCAACUGAGGAGGUCUGGGUAGGUUCCUGGAGGCCCCACAGGCCGAGGGGUCCGAUUGCUGCAAUGUACAGCAGCCCAGGACCCAAAUAUGCGCUUCCAGGUGUUACAGGUUUAAACUGUCAUGACCCACGGAAGUGGAAAGCUCCAGCAUUCAGCUUUGGCACGCAUCAUAGACAGUUCAGCUCCAGCUGUUCACCAGGACCUGGCUACCUUGUUCCCUCUAAUAUUACAAGAGCUGGACGAGAUGGAACCCCAGCUUAUUCACUGUACAGUAGACCCAAAGACCCUCUACUUUUCCAGACCCCUGGACCAGGGAGAUAUUCUCCUGAGAAAGCAGGAAAGAUGACCUAUUAUUCCGCCCCUGCAUAUUCACUGUCAGCUAGAACCAAAGAGUUUCGCAAUGACCAGACACCAGGGCCUGCUGCUUAUAUGCUGCCUUCAGUGCUAGGACCAAACACUGUAAAUAAAUCGUCUGCCCCGAACUUUUCCCUCACUGGCCGUAGCAAGAUAGGCAGCUUCCAUGAGGACCUGCAGAAGACUCCAGGUCCAGGGACAUACAGAGUUGUGGAUGCAGCUGUGUACAAACACAAGCCUCCACAGUACAGCAUGACUGCCCGCAACAACAUGCCCGGUGACACAACCAAGAAACCAGGACCUGGAGCUCAUCACCCAGAGCAGGUGACCUUCACACGACUCAAACCUCCCAGCUUCUCCUUUGGUGUCCGCCACUCUGAGUUCAUUGCACCACUGAUUGUGAACAUCACUGAUUAACUCAGCCUUUUCCCUAAUCUCAUAAUAAAGAGUGCUCUGUUAUGCAGUGAAGACUGUUGCUGAAAGUUCCUCAGUGCUGCUAUGUAUGUAAAGCUUUCAACAAGAGAAGCCAUGCAGAGCAAGGCAGCUUCAACACUUGAACUGAGCCAGAGCAGAUAUGCUGAGAAUGACACUUGAAAUCCUGACAGAGGUUGAUGACAAACUUAUAAAAUGUUUUAAAUGUUGUGAGGAUUAGACUGCAGAUGAUAUUUUUUGAUUAUCACCCACCAAAUUUUGAGUCUAGUCAAACUCAACUGACCAUGUCUAGAGAAUAUAAAUACAAAUAAAACUUACCCUAGUCCAGCACAAUCAGCUGUUGUCCUUAAAAUUCAGACUUUUCUAUAACAAACACUGAUUUAUAUAUAUAAAUGAGAUUCAUGGGAUUCAUUCAAAAGACUAAUUAUUAAAGCAAAGCAAAUAUAUUAGGCAAAGUGCUAUUUUUUAUAUAGUAAUAGAAAAUGUGAAUAUGUGAGAAUUAAUCACAUAAAAUGCACAAUUGAAUAAAUACUUUAUUUAAUAUAACUGCUAAAAUUGGCCCUGUGCAUGAUUAUGUAAUUUCACUAUAGUAAAGUUAGAUCAAAACAUGUCAUCAGAAAUUACCAUAAUGUAUUAUCCAUUGUCAAGCACAUUUCAACUGUAUACACAUUAUGAUAUCAAAUACAUGUUCUUUUCAGAUCUGUUUUGUCCAUAUUAUUUUCUCCUUAUUUUUAAAUUAUU